AUGUCUCAUCAAUUGACUUAUACGUUUUAUGAUGGAUUGGUGGAGGAAGAAGAAGGCACACGAGCCUAUGAAAAAGAAGAGAGGUCGAUCCGAGGCAGAAGGAGAGGGGCGAUUUUGUUAGAGGAACUCAUCGAAUGUUGUGAUGGAAAAUCUAAUCCCAUCAAAUUCUUCUCUCCAUGUCAGAUCAUCGAAGCCACCGACAAUUUCAGCAACUCUAACCAUGUUUUUGCUAAUUUGAUUUACUAUGAAUGGUAUUCUGGUAAAAAGGAGAAUCAUCCCAUGCUUCUCAUCAAGAAAUUCACCCACGAGUUAAAUUACUAUCAACAAGAAGAACUCUUCUGCCGCGACAUAGCAAUAUCAUCGAUGGUGAGUGGACACAAAAACUUUUUGAAACUGGUUGGAUGUUGUCUUGAGUCUGAAGAUCAUGUAGCAAUGGUGUUUCAUGGUGUAAAGAAACAUUAUCAAUUAGAUCUCAAGGAACAGUCGUGGAGAAGAAGAAUAAAGAUAGCAGAGGAUAUCGCAACAGCUUUAGCUUACCUUCACACUGCCUUCCCAAGGCCUUUCGUAUAUGCAAAUAUGAAACUUGAAAAUAUCUUGUUGGACGAAGAUGGUGUUGCCAAGCUGUGGGAUUUCUCUAGUUGCGUCUCGAUCCCACAAGGUGAAACAUUUGUCAAGCAUAAGUAUGAGUGGGGUGAUACCACUCCGAGAAUCAGUUUGUAUGGUUUCAUGGACCCUAAUUUGUGGAAAAAAGGUGUAGUCUCCAAGAAAACGGACGUCUACGGCAUUGGAAUUCUCAUGCAAAAGCUUCUCAGUGGAGAACAAAGAUGCCAAGACUUUUAUUUCGAAAAACUAGUGAAAGGCGAAAACGAAACAUUUCAAAGCUUUUUGCCGUUUUCUCUUGCGUUACGUUUUCCAAAUUGGCUGUCCAAGCGAAGAAUGGAAGAGAUGGCAAAACCAGAAGUUGAGGUUCUAAGCGAGGAACCAAGAUUUAGGGACCUUUGUUUUGAAGAAGUAGAAGAACUUUAUUAUGAAGAAGCAUUCAACAGAUCAAUUGUGUCGCCUAUUUAUUCUCCGAGACGUUUUCCAAAUUGGUUGUCCGGAUCAAUGGAAGAGAUCGCAGAUCCUGAGAUGAUAGAAGAGAUGGGUGGUAUUACAGAAGAAGAACUUUGUAGAAUGGAAGAUUUCCUAAUGCUCUCUCAGAGAUGCGUCGGCCAUAGCGGACAAGUUCCAACAAUGGUGGAAGUAGCCAAAGAACUAAAGAAGAUCCAAAAAUCUCCUUAA